UAGAGGGUCAAAAAUGUGUAAAACUUUUGUUCCGAACUAGUUGCGAAAUCUCAGGGGUUUCCGAGAUACAGGGAUUUUAUCAAAUUUUCUCGAAAUUUUUACUUUUCCAAGCUUUUUUGAUUGUAACUUUCGCUCCGAAAAAGAUAGGGGCUUGAAAACGACAUAUUAAGUACUUGAUUUUGUAUUUUAGGUACUUUCGGAAUACCAAUCAUUCGAACUUUGGAAAAAAAUCUAAUCUUUUAUUUUUUUUAACCCAAUAAUUUCGUGCGAAAUUUUUUGAAAAUUCGAAAUUUGUUUUUACAGUACUUUAGCCACAAAAAACUUGGAGAAGUAGAAAAUUCGUGAAAAUUCGUCAGAAUCCCUGUAUCUCGUAUACCCAUGAGAUAUCGCACCUAGUCCGGAACAAAAGUUUUAUCCAUUUUCAACCCUCUAACUAAUGGUAUAUGCAGUUGUAUACCUUUGUGAAUUACCCUGUAUAUGAACUUGUAGGGUUUAGACUGGCACAAUCAAUUUCGUCAUUAGAACAGUGGGGUCAUCCGCCCUCUGCGGAAACUUAUGUAUUAUCACAGGGCCCAUCAAAUUUCAAUAACCCCUCGUCAAGUCAAUUGUCAGCUCAUUUCACGAACGCUUGGGAAGAUUUACAAAGGGCUACCGCUGUUGCCACAAGUACUGUAAAGUCACACAUUGUAACUGUGUUACAAGAUUUUAUUACAACUUCUAUGGCUCCUACAACAGCUCAGGUUACCGUUGAACAAGAAAUUGAACAGCAAAGGGUUCGUGAUCAUAAUCAGCAAAUCGUUUUGGAAAAUGCUCAGACAAUGAUAAAUUUUUAUUUAAGUAUUCAGCAUCAAUUUUGUGCAGCUAGUUAUGAUUCAUUUUCAUCGCUUACAUGCUGCUUCGUUUGUCAAGUGCCUCUAGGAUUUUCACAUGACCCAGAAUGUACAAUGAUACAGCAAAAACAUGGGAUUAAUGUUGAGCAACGAUCUCAAACUCCAUCUCCACAUUUUGGAGGUGUAAUUCAACCACAGCAACAAACGCAAUUACAAAAAACUGAACAAUUUCGACUGCCGUCUGUUCCUGCUGUUGAUUCCAGAAACAUAAUAUUUGGUUCCAGUUCUACACAAGCCUCAUCAGAACAUGUUUAUGGUGUGGGUGGUUUAGAACAAACGCGUGGUCCUUCUCCACAAGAAAUACGUGGACCCAGCCCUAUUCAAGGAUUUUUAGAAAAUGUUCGCGGCCCUUUGCCAAAUCCAGGGCACUUAAUUGGUAUGAAGUCACCAUUUUAUCGUGGAUCACGUUCGCCACUAAAUUUUCCAUUAUUUCCAUUGACCGGCCAAAGGCGCUGGUCAGAAGCCGCAGCUGGAGAAGUGAGAUUGCAUUCUGUAGAUGUUGAAAGUCAAAUGAGGAGAUGGUCAAUGCCUUGGGAAGCAAGUAAGAGUGACAAAAAUACUGUGACAUGGCAUCAAACGCGAGUCAUGCCAAUAUCCAAAUUGGCAAUACCAACUACUUCAAAGACAAGUUCCGAACGUAGUCAAAGCACAACCCCGGAUUCUUUGUUUCAACCGUCAGUUACUAGUCAAGAUGGUUUAGCAGAAGCAAUUCAACUGUUAUCAUGUAGACCUCAAAGAAAUUAUUCCCUACAACAACAGCAAUCGCUGCCAACACAACAGUUACCCUCUUUAGGACCUCCCUUUAUCGAAGAACCUGCACCUUAUGAAAUUUGGUCAACAGAAAAUCAAGAUCGUCUUCCAAGUAUUAAGUUUCCCCCAAGAUUCAAAGAACGAGAUGAAAAUCCCCCGCAAUCUUAAAUGUUUUAUAUCCAUUUUUAUAAUAUGCAAUUACGAAGGAAAAAUUAAGAAUAUGAGUUGCAAAUGCAAGUAAAUAACAUAGAUAACAUUUUAUUGGGCGUGUAUACGAAUAUCAUAUCGCCCUGCGCAAAAUUAGUGUUCCAUGAACUUUUUUACAUUAUUAUUACAUUUUUUUUUUUAAAUAAGCUUAUUUUGUAGUUUUUUCAGCAAAUCUUUCUUGUAAUAUAUGUACGUGUUAAGUGAUUGAAUGACGUUAUAAUUUUGGUUGAAAUUGUAUAAGGCAAGAGCUUAAAAUAGAAGAAACUUUUCGCAAGAUAUGUAAAAAUAAAAAAGAAUGGUGAACAUUUUAUUUAAAAUUCAAUAUAAAAUAUUUUUUAUUUUGAAUCUAAAACUCGAAAUAUGAUUUGCGUAGUAAGUAAGUAAUAUAAAUCAGUAAACAUUUAAAAAUGCUAUUACAAGGAAUAGGAAUAUAGAUAAAGCUGUGAAUAUAUUUAAUUAAUAAUUACUGAAGAUAUUAGCAGAUAAAAGUAGCUACCUGUCUAUUUUAUAAAGUACUAAAACUUUCGAUAUAGAAGCUUAAUUUUUUUAAUUUUAAAGUAUUUAAAAAUUUUAAAAUUGUUUAUGAAAUAAUGUUUUAUUGCCUUUUUUAUGCAAAAAUUUCUAAAUAAUAUUUUAUAAGCGUAAUAUUAAUAAUAAUGUAAGAUAGUAUUUCUUAAACAGUAGUUUUGCACCCCUUUAAAUUUCGGUUUUGAAUUAAUUUUUCCUAUUCAGCAAAUAUUGAAAAUUUUAACAAAAAUUUAAAAAUAAAUUUAGGGGGAAGUAACUCGUGUUUAAGUACAUAUGUAUAUUUAAAAUUUACGAUAAUUCUAUUUAAGAAAAUUUUGUUUACAUAACAUUUUGUAUACUUAUGAAUAAAUUUGUAAAUUUAAUAAAAAUACUCAAAAUCUAAUUGGAAAAAGAAAUAAUAAAAAACA